AUGAAACACCCUCACAGUGAAGACCCGACGAAACACCCUCACAAUGAAGACCUGACAAAACACCCUCACAGUGAAGACCUUACAAAACACCCUCACAGUGAAGACCUGACGAAACAUCCUCAGAGCGAAAACCUGACGAAACACCCUCAGAGCGAAGACCUGACAAAACGCCCUCACAGUGAAGACCAGACGAAACACCCUCAGAGUGAAGACCUGACGAAACACCCUCAGAGUGAAGACCUGACGAAACACCCUCAGAGUGAAGACCAGACGAAAAUUCCUCAGAGCGAAGACCUGACGAAACACCCUCAGAGUGAAGCCCUGACGAAACACCCUCACAGUGAAGACCUAAUGAAAGAGAGACCCUCACAGUGA